AUGGAUUACAGCAAUUUCCUAGACGAAUUUGAAAUAGAUCCCUACGUGAACGCAGUGAUAUUUGAAAGCGGACUCUUAGUUUUAUUAGGAAUAGUCAUUACAAUCUCAAUGUCGUUUUUUAAUAUCGCUUAUUCCCUCCCAAUCAGUUUUUAUAUCUUUGCAUUUGGCUUUACAGGGAUUCUCGGAAUACUAAAUGUAUGCAGACCAAAAAAAUUUUUUACCUAUACACAUAUAGCUGCAGUAACAAUUCUGAUUUUCAUGAAUAUUCUGCUUGUCUCUGGCUCAUCGUUUUAUACGAUCUUGGGAUAUUACUACUUGCUAAAUCUGAAUUGUGAGCCGACGUUUAAUGGAGAAUGUAUAUGGGAUGAUAACAUUUCUGAUUAUAUAGAGAAGACAUUUGGGUCAGUUUUCGCUGCUUCAUUGAUAUUGACAUCAAUUUGUAUGGUAUCACUUCAUCAUGCUAAAACUCUGAAAGAAAAAAUAGAAAGCAUAAAGCUGAAUUCAAGGCUUCUUCCUAGUGAUCAAUAA